AUGACCUUCCCACCCGAGCACAAAACUUCCACCGAAGACUAUAUAGAGGCGCUUGCUUAUCGAGCCUUGUGCAACAUCCGGCCACGGACUACAACAGAUAGAGAUUCUACUGGGUUUCUGAAUCAUCAUCUGCCGUCCCUUCUCCUUGGGUCCUCCUCGAUAACCGAUCAUCGUCCACCCCAGCCUGCCUCAGCUUCCCCGCUCUUACUGUUAUUAGCCUUGCGAUUCCUGGUGUUAACGAUCGAUCACAUUCUUUCUCUCGCUCGAAAAUCUUUCCUCUACUCGUCUCUUGUCGGAUUUAACCCUCCUCGAGUCUGUGGGAUCCAUAUUUCGAACCCCUCUGCAGCUCUCAACUCUUCGACUGUUGGCGUUUCCCUAGCCGCUGACCAUCCGUCCAUGUGGCCUGCCUGCUUGGCUGACGGUAUUAUCCUACGCUCUGCCGCCGUCGUCCAGUCUGGCUGUGAAGGAUCCUUUUUCACUACUGAAUCGCCCUCCUAAACUCAUCGUUUCUCUCCCUCUCUCUCCCCUUGUUUUUCUGUUCGAAUCUUCCGGUCCAUUGUCUGUUCUCGCUGCGUUACUCUGCCGAUCCUAACCGAACGACGUCCACCAACACCCUCCUCUUCCUGUGGGCGUCGUGAUCGGUUCCCUCCGC